UACUCUAAUCACAGAAUACAUGGCUACCGCUGCUGCAACCUCGACGCUUCGGGUCAUUUUUCCCGUUGUAUGGAUCCUAUUCACUUCAAUUUCAAUUCUUCCCUCCAUUGUCUCUGCUAACGACCAUACACUGGUUGUUACUGAGAAUACAACGUUGCAGCUAAUACCAAGCUUAAUAGUUGACAAAUCACCUGGUGUAAAACCUGGAACCAAAGUGCUUUGUGAAAGAGUUAAGGUUCAAGGUUUGUCGAGGCUGAAGCAUUUGAAGAAGUUUCCCAAUACUAUCAGAGUGAAAGUUACAUAUGUAGGAAGCAGUGGUCGUCCACCCAUUAUUGAGGUUUGUUUCCACAGGAAUUUGACUGUUGGUAUAGGGAUGUGCAAUCAAAGCCAGUGGCAGAAACUUACCAAGGGGUCAUGGAUGAGAUCAAUGUCGCCAUUUGAUCACAAGUUCUUAGAUAUACGGCUAACAGGCUCCCCUACAGAAUCUAUUGAGGUUUCCCUUGAUGAAGAAAUUUUCUUCUAUCGUGUUAUAUUCUUGGUUUUAGGAGUUAUCAUUAUGAUGUUGGCUUCCUUCCUUAGCAAUUCCUUAGUUUUUUACUACAGUGGUGCAAUGGCUGUGGGAAUUCUUCUUGUGAUAUUAAUGGUCCUGUACCAGGGGAUGAAGCUUCUUCCAACGGGCAGGAAGAAUUCACUUGCGAUAGUCCUGUAUUCAUCCAUGGUUGGUUUGGGCACUUUUCUACUUCGUUACUUGCCGAGAUUGUUGCGUUCAAUUCUCACUGAGAUUGGUAUUAGUGAAGACAUGUACAAUCCUCUGGGAAUAUUGCUGCUGGUUUUUCUUGUCAUUGCUGGAGCUUGGUUGGGCUUUUGGGUUGUCCGCAAACUUGUACUGACAGAAGAUGGAAAUAUUGAUGUUGGGGUAUCUCAUUUUGUAGCUUGGUCCAUUCGGAUUUUGGCUUCUGUUAUGAUUCUGCAGAGUUCUAUUGACCCUCUGCUAGCAGCAGAGGCAUUGCUUUGUGGAAUUUUUGUUGCAACAAUCUUAAGGAGAUUUACCCCUCUUGAGUUUCUGCAAGGCGUAUACAGAAGGUUUCGCAGAUUGAGAAAGUCCAAGCGCAAGAUAUUUCAGGAUAAGUAUGCAUCACCAGUCAAAGAAUCUCAUGAUUCUAUGCCCUUCACUGAAGCCCCAUCCAGCGCCUUGCAAGGUUCUACCAGCAUGUCUCCAAGGCAGUUGACAGACUCAGAAGCGUUCUACUCUACCUUUCAUACCACUCCUUACCGAAGAAAAAUUUCAAAGGAUGAGUGGGACAAAUUUACCAGAGAUUCCACGAAGAAGGCACUGGAGAACCUGGUCUCUUCCCCAGAUUUCAAUAUAUGGGCUGCUGCUCAUGCAGAUAGACUUACUUUAGCCCCUAACAAAGAAGUUACCAGACCCAAUUAUCUGCAGAGGUUGUUCCACUGGCUUUGAGCUUUUAGUGACUGCAAGGUGGUGGCAAAGACGCGAUAUAGAGGGUAUGUUGUUGAGCAAGGUGGCUGAGGGGAUGGUGCGGCUCAACCAAUACUGAUCGUGUAUUGUACAUUAGUUGCUAGAAUUGAUUUUGUAGGUGAUUAUGGAUUUAGUUUCUCGUUCUUUUUAUAUUAUUAGACAGAUUAACCAUCUGAUAGCGUGUACGUUCAUUAUCUACUUGGAACAUCAUGGAUCGAGUGGCUUCUAUUGGCAUGUAAAAGAUCAAAUCAGCAGCAGUGACUCACUGAUUCAUGAAGUCAACUGUUACCUGUAAAUGAAAACCUCCUUCCCCCGGCCUGACGAUUUUAUCUGCCUAA